CUGGGUUCUACAUAGAGAGGGUUAAUACGGGCAGCAGAAGCAGCAGACACCUCAGUGUAUAGGGAAGGGGAGGGAGCGCACUGCUGUACACAGAUCAUGUGACUGGGGACAACAAAGCUGUGCAGUGUAUACAGGGCGCACUUCCCGCACAGGACAGGACGGGCAGGCGGCAGCGGGCGUGGAGGAAGGAGAAGCCGAAAAGAAAGUGAAGGAGGCGCUGAGAGUGUGGGAGGAAAGGAGCGCAGGGUGGAAUAGAGAGCACAUCGAGGAGGGGGUGGCCUGCCAUUCAUGCUGUAUGUAUGCUGCUGCAUGACGAGCGCUCUCUCAGGAGACCGGAGCCCACACUGAGCUGACAACAAACUGAUCUCUGACACCCGAGCCUCAGCAGCCAUGUCCCUUCCGCUGCCCACGAAAGGCUUCUACCGCCAGGACGUCAACAAGACGGUGUGGGAGGUGAAGGAGCGCUACCGGGACCUGGUGCCUGUGGGUUCCGGAGCCUAUGGCACUGUCUGCUCAUCUCUUGACAACAUAACUGGAACAAAAGUGGCCAUCAAGAAGCUUUACCGUCCUUUUCAGUCUGAGCUAUUUGCAAAACGAGCAUACAGGGAGCUCAGACUUCUGAAGCACAUGCAGCAUGAGAAUGUUAUUGGCCUACUAGAUGUGUUUACGCCUGACUUUUCACUGGAGAAAUUCACUGACUUUUACCUAGUUAUGCCUUUCAUGGGCACCGACCUCGGAAAGAUAAUGAAACAUGAGAAACUGUCAGAAGAUCGAAUUCAAUUUCUUGUAUAUCAAAUCUUGAGAGGGUUAAAGUACAUCCAUUCGGCUGGUAUAAUACACAGGGACCUGAAGCCUGGCAAUUUAGCUGUGAAUGAAGACUGUGAAUUAAAGAUCCUGGAUUUUGGGCUGGCAAGGCAUACAGACAGUGAAAUGACAGGUUAUGUGGUGACCAGAUGGUACCGAGCUCCGGAGGUGAUACUAAAUUGGAUGCACUAUACACAGACAGUGGACAUCUGGUCGGUUGGCUGUAUUAUGGCAGAGAUGUACACUGGCCGUCCUCUUUUCAAGGGUAAUGACCAUCUGGAUCAGCUGACAGAAAUCAUGAAAAUUACAGGGACACCAACUCAGGAUUUCGUGCAGAAACUUCAGAGCCCUGACGCAAAAAAUUACAUAAAGAGUCUCCCAAAAGUACAGAAGAAAGACUUUGGAUUAUUGCUGCGAUAUGCAAACCCUCUAGCUGUCAAUCUCCUGGAAAAGAUGCUGGUGCUAGAUGCAGAAAAAAGAAUAACAGCAACUCAUGCUCUAUGUCAUCCUUACUUUGAGCAGUUUCAUGAUUCCGAUGAUGAGAUGGAAGCAGAUCCUUAUGACGAUUCAUGCGAUAAUGUAGACCUUCCUCUUGACGAAUGGAAAUGUCUUACUUACAAAGAAGUGACAACAUUCCUUCCACCAGUGACUCCACCGGAGUCCAAGGAAACACCUGUAUAGGUUGCUGUAAAGCUUCAGUAUGAACAUAGAAUAUAAAUUAAGAAACAUGAACUCUGAAACUGGAUAUAUUAUGUGUUUUCAAUAAUUUGUGUCAUUGUUUUCAUUCCAUUUUGGGGAUAUAGUGCCUUUCUGUAUUUCCUUUAAGUGGGUAUUUUUGUCUUGCCUAUGUGUCUGCAGAGUGUACUGUAUCAAAGAAAAGUUUUGUGAAUAUACUACAGUAAAAUCUCCCUUAGCGGACACCUCCCGUUAGCAGACAGUUUUUAAUUUCCCGGCUGAGUCCCAUAAGACUUAAUGUAUUUGCACCCUCCGAAUAGGGGACAUUACUAAUUGCGGGCGCUGUCACACUCAGUAGGGGGCAAUAGGUCACAAAACACUCCCAUUAGGGGAAAACCAGGCUUAUGUUCAGCCCCUACCUUGAACACAGGGCCUCCGUCAGGGGGUACAGCCAAUACCCCAGUAAGGGGACCAGGCUUCCGCUGCACCCCCCUGCAGAAGCCCCAGCACAGAAGCAGGAGACCGAUGUUUAAACAUUGGUCUCCUGCUUCUGUACGUUCACCGGUCCCAUCAUUCACCACCCUCCUCCCCUGAUUCCCCCCCCCCCCCCUGCCAUUUUAUUUCCCUGUGCCAAUUCAUCCCUCCUUUAUUACCCCCACGUGCCAUUUCCUCUUGACACCCCCCCCCCCCCCACCCCCGUGCCAUUUCAUUUCCCUCUGUGCAAAUUUAUCACCCCCUCUUUACCACCACCUGUGCCAUUUUAUUCCCCUUUAUCCCCUGUGGCACUUCAUAAAGAGGGGGGUGAUGAAUUUACACAGAGGGUAAUAAAGGGGGAAUGAAAUGGCUCAGGGGGAUCAAGAGGAAAUAAUGUGGUACAGGAAGUAAGGGGGAGGGGGGGAUAAUUUGGCACAAUGCCUGGGGGGGAAAAGAUGGCACAGGGUAUAAAAGGGGGGAUGAAAUUAUAUGGGGGGGGGAUAAGGGAAGGUUAAAUGACACUGGGAGAUUUUACUGUAAUAUUGCUUUUUAUUGUGUUUUAUAGGUAAUUACACUCUCGAGAGUACAGUACAGUAUUCCGUCAUUUAGGAAGAUUUUUGAGCCUCUUUCCCAAUAAGGCGCAUCUCUCAAUAGUAAACACUUUUUUAUUCCCCGUGAGUGUCCGCUAUUGGGAGAUUCUACUGUAGUAGCAUUGAGUCAACUCUGCCAGCCUUCUGUGUUUAUAAGCAAAGUGCUUGGUGUCUGUAGCAGUGAGAUAUUGCUGGUAUACUGUACUUUUGUAGAUUUAGAUUCAGGCGAGUCCUUUCACAUUCCAAUACACUCUGCAGUAUUAUGAAUAAUAAACAUUUUAUUAAAAUGCUAACAUUUUGUCUACUGGACAGAUUUGUCCUAUUAAUUGCAGUUAUCCAGUGUGUAAGAAUUUUUAAUGCCCACACGGUUAAAAAUACACACACAAAUGUUUGUAGAAAAUUUGCCAUGGUGCGAUAAUCCCUAUUAGGCUGUCAUUUUAAAUGAAUAAUCAGAAUGUGCUUAAUUUCCCUCUUCCCACUUGACACACCCCAUGGAGCUUCCAUCUUUUAUUGUGCUCCAUGCUGCACAUAUGGCAACAGGUGCAGGGGAGUAAUCCAAGGUCAGUACAGUAAUCAUUUAAUCACCAAACAACUAGCAUUGCAUCAAAAAAAAAAAUUAUAAUAAUUAACGUUCUAUUCCUUCUUCUCUGAGAACAUUUUAACAGUGGAUAAUUAAGAGAAAGCGGCACAAAGACUAAGCCUGCUAUUUAUGGAAAUAGAGAUAGUAUAAAUUGGAAGUGGUACAGUACAAAAUAAUGCUGUGCAUGUGACCAGGGUGAAUAAUAUGUCACAUCUGAAUUCUGUUAAUAUUAAUGUGUAAUUUCACUGGAUGCAUUCGGACCAUUGUGCUGAUUGCUUUUUUUUUUAAGCUUCUAUAUUUAUCAAGGCAGUUGCAAUGCUGAUUUUUCAUGUUUCAUUCUUUGCAGUUUGGUAUGGGGAAUGUUUUAAAGCCUGUUCCUCAAAUGUGUAAAUAAAAGUGAAAGUGAAAACAUUUGUUGAAACCACUUAAAUCAUAUUGUAGAUGUGAUCCAUACUAAAAUGUCAUUUAUAUCAUUGUUUGCCUGUCUGUUUACCUUAGUCAGUAUCUUGUGGCCUGAUCACCCGGGGAGGCUGUUACAGCACCCUUCUGCCUUCUUGGUCACUUCAUUGACAAUACACCGGCUACUGUAAAUUACAUAUUUUGUCUUACGUUGAUGGCACUUGCAGUGAAGUUUAUUUUUUAUUUUUAUUUUUUUAUUGGGGACAAACAGCACAGGUGAUCAAUACUCUACCUAAUCCAUGGGUAGUUGCUAUUCCAAUUUCUAUUGUAA